UCAAUCGAUUAUCGAUCACUUGAGUACCCACAACUGUCACAAGAGCGAACAAGUGAUUGCUUCACGGCUAAACAAUGUUUGUGGAGGGCUGGAGAAUGUAUUAUCAAUGUUUAAGUGUAGAUUAGAGGAGUUAUGGAAUAAAACAGGCAGACGCUCGAUAAAGACCUGUCCCAUAGAGGGUUACAUUACGACAUUAUGGUGCACGGGAACAGCGAACGGAUGCACGUGCUCGUGGGUCACGUGCUAGAAGGUUCGCAGAACCACGCUCUGGAGGAACUAGGCAAAGCAGCCGACAUUCUAGACACGCAAAUAACAAUAGAGUGUACAAGUCUUACGAAUCACUGUGUUUGCGCGGAAAAUGUCGAAUACCUCCGGAAACCCGACCACAUACUGCAGUGUAUCCGGAAGGGUAAAUGCUUCCACUGCCAGCGGUACAGGUGUAUGGACCGGAAGUAUGAAACAGUGACCGCCUCUACAUCGCUGCUGCACCUUGCAGCCGCAUCCGGGAGGUUCGAAGUGUUCCGAUUCCUGCACAGAUCCGGGGGCGACCUAGAAUCCACUUCCGGUCUGUUCCAGCUGCGCUCAAUCCACCUGGCGAUAAUCCACGGGCAUUUUAACAUCUUCUGUUAUCUGCUUAGCCAGAAGGUUGGCGUGAACGCACCGUUACUAACGCACGGUACGACGUUGACUCCGCUAAUGUUGGCCGUACAGCACCGCAGAAUGGACAUGGUGAACCACCUGCUCAUGGUCCGUGACCUUGACCUCUGCUACCGGAACUCCCUCCGCCAAUCGCCCGUCCUAUUCGCCGUCCGCAAUAACGACAUCGAUCUCGUCAACCUGCUACUGAGCGCUGAGGAGGCCCGCAACGGCCGUGCCCAUGACAGCGACGGCAGGAGAUCCAUGUGUCCGGAGGAGCUGCAGCAUCCCUGUGCCAUGCUCGAGACUAUCAAACGAGACAACGACACCGUCCUCAAGGCGUUACUAGACGGUGGCUGUGAAGCGGACUUUAUCUUCCAGGGGUAUUACAGCCAAACAUCAGCUUUAAUCCUGGCGUCCAUUCAUAACUCAUACAAGUGCUUAGAACUUCUAGUGGAAUACGGUGCAGAUAUACAGUUGAACCUCGGCGGAACAGCCUUACAUUGGGCCCAGCAACUGGACUGGCCAGAGAGUGUGAAUGUCCUCCACAACGCCCAGUUCAAACACAUUCUAGCUGGGUUGGAGAGUGACGAUGAUUUAAACUCUAGUGGCUCUGAAUCUACAAAUGUUGACGACGAAGCCGACAGUGUUGAUGGCGGGGAAUCAGUCCGCAAAAACAGUGUUCAUGAAAUAGACACAAACUUGAGUCCGCUCUUAUCAAUAUGGUACUUCGUGCAAUGGCUGGACGUAAGUGAACCGAUACAGAAAAUGGUGGGAAAAGGCCAUGAUGUGAAUGUUCAGGAUCGCUACGGACGAACUGGACUACACUUGGCUGUUGACGACCAAAAUGUCCCGGCUUUACGGACUUUACUGAGUCUUGGUGCUGAUUGUAAUAUUCCCGACUCAUGUGGGGCAACGCCUUUCUGGCACGCCGUUUACUGGAACAAAGAAAGCAUGAUCAAAGAGCUUAUGUUCGCUAAUGUUGUCACGGAGUGCAGAGCUCACAAAGACGCCGGUAAAUUCCGGCUUCCGUAUUUGGAAGGAUUAAACCCCGACCCUGGUUGUUGUACAGUUUCUACACUCAGUGUUGCUGUUAAAAAAAACUUUCCUUUCAUCGUACACCUACUCCUUGAAGCAGGAUAUAAAACAGCAUCAGAAGACAUGGAGGAAUUAAUCAGCAUCGCUAAACCGGAAUCCAAAGCCAUCCUUACAGAUUAUUCUAGUCAGCCCCGGAGCUUGUUCGCGCAUGCUCGCAACUACGUGCGUGACACGUGCGGUCGGAACAUUCAUCGUCUCGUGCGAGACGUCGACCUGCCCUUCCGCGCGAGAGAUUGUCUUCUCCUGAGGGACUUGUUCGACCUCAAAAUAGAACCGGAUUUUUGACAAACUCCUUUUGGAUGAAUUCAUUACAGUUAACAGUAUUUUUAGUCUGAACGAUAGCAUUUUGUAUUUUUCAGAAUUAUUUUAGUACCAAGAGUUUUUAAAGAGUUCCUGAAGUUUCUAAUCGUUUACCAGAUAAACAGCCUCGGAUGUAUAUGGACGGUUUACAAUGUCAGAAAUCUUUACAUUUUACUACACUCGAAGUAGAUCGCGUUGUAAUCAAUUAUCAGUUUAACUUCAUGACUUACUCUUGGGAAUCUUAAUAACAUAUACAAUAAUACACUUUAGCGGUAAUCAAUUUAAACUUAAUAAUUAUACAAAAUACACGUUAAAACACAAGUGUUUAUUAAUACUAUUACAUAUUUUUUUACGAACUACUUCUACUGAUGUACCGGCAUUCAUCCGAGGUUGUUUUCGAUGGAAAAGGACCAAGGUGUUCCGAAUGUGAUGUCAUAGAACGAUGAAUGAUGUCACUGCACGAUGAUCGUUUACAAAUGUUAGUAAAUUACAAACUGCAGUGUUUUUAGUGUUCUACCUUGACAAUAUUAUACAACGGAAUCAGAUUUUGUAUUAUUGCUACUUUAACUAGUAUUAAUUGUUUAUUCGUGUCAGUAAUAUUCAGUAUUCAAUACAAAAGCUCAGAGUUUC